AUGGAGUUGUGGACGUUACUCGGGCUGUUAGCUACGAUCAGCCAUGUACAGGCGAAAGCCGUAUUCGCUCAUUUCAUGGUAGCGAAUGCCAUCAACUUCACGCAAGAAACAUGGAUCAACGACAUCUCCGCCGCGCAGGCCGCGCACAUUGACGCCUUCGCCCUGAACCUCGGCUACGGCCUGCACAACUACGAGCUCAUCCUCGAUGACGCCUUCACCGUCGCCCACCAGCACAACUUCAAGAUGUUCCUCUCCUUCGACAUGGGCCAGGCUCCCCAAUGGCCCGCCGACGAGAUCGUCCACGUCAUCGACAACUACGCCACCGGCAGCGCAUACUACAAGCACCACGACGACAAGCCGCUCGUCUCGACCUUCGAAGGCGGCCAGAGCGCCGACGUCUGGAAAGACGUCAGGCACAACGCCCAGUCGGACUUCUUCUUCAUCCCCGAGUGGUUCUCACUGGGGAUCGAGGCCGCAUCCAGCAGCCCCAUCAUCGACGGCCUGAUGAGCUGGCAGGCGUGGCCGGCCGGCGCGCACGACAUGAACACCACGCUGGACGAGGAGUACAUCGCGGCGCUGGACGGGCGGCCGUACAUCAUGCCCAACUGGGCCUGGCGCGGGGACGAUCUCUGGUUCGACCGCUGGCAGCAGGUGCUCGAGCUGGCGCCCGAGUACGUGGAGAUCAUCACCUGGAACGACUACAGCGAGUCGCACUAUGUCGUCCCCAUGCACGAGGACGACCUGGGGAUUUUCGCUGUGGGGGAUGCCCCCUUCAACUAUGCCGAGGGGAUGCCGCAUGAUGGCUGGCGGGAGUUUCUGCCGUAUGUGAUUGAUUUGUACAAGAGUGGGGGAAAGAAUGCGAGUUUUGACAAGGAGGGGGUGGUCUCGUGGUACCGGCUCAAUCCGGGCUCUGCGUGUAUGAGUGGGAAGACCACGCCGGGCCAGCUGGCUUCCGAGGGGACGAACACGACAAGCCCGAGAACCAUCAUGCAGGAUAGGAUUUUCUACUCGGCGUUGCUGGAGUCGGCGGCCGACGUGACGGUGAGUAUUGGCGGGGCCAACAAGACGGGGAGCUGGGCGGAUACGCCCAGUGGGGAGAAAGGGCUGUAUCAUGGCAGUGUACCCAUCGAUGGGAAGACGGGGGAGGUCGUGGUGACCCUGUCACGGUCUGGCGAGCUGAUUGCCCAGAUGAAGUGCCAGGCCAUCAGUACCGACUGCCGGAAGAAUCAUGGAUACAACAACUGGAAUGCGUGGAUGGGGAGUGCAAUGGGCGAGAAGAAUGUGACGUCUGAAAACACUUCAUCUGAUGACAAGAAAAAUGACUCGCAAAGGUCGACGCCGGCGAUGACAUUGUUGAUGGGCUUGGUCUUGUUGGCGCUGGUGUGA